CGGGCGGAGGAGGAGGCGGAGGCGGCGGCUCCGCCGGGCUGAGGAGCGGACGCGGGAGGCGGCUCGGGAUCGCGACACGAUGAGGCGGGUGGUACGACAGAGCAAAUUCCGGCACGUCUUCGGCCAGGCGGUGAAGAACGACCAGUGCUACGACGACAUCCGCGUGUCCCGCGUCACCUGGGACAGCUCCUUCUGCGCCGUCAACCCCCGCUUCGUGGCCAUCAUCGUGGAUGCCAGCGGAGGGGGAGCCUUCCUGGUGCUGCCUCUGCACAAGACAGGCAGGAUUGACAAGUCCUACCCCACAGUGUGUGGGCACACGGGGCCGGUGCUGGACAUCGACUGGUGUCCCCACAAUGACCAGGUCAUCGCCAGCGGCUCCGAGGACUGCACUGUCAUGGUGUGGCAGAUUCCCGAGAAUGGGCUCACCCUGUCCCUGACAGAGCCUGUGGUAGUGCUAGAAGGCCAUUCCAAGAGAGUUGGCAUCGUGGCCUGGCAUCCGACGGCGCGGAACGUGCUGCUCAGCGCAGGCUGUGAUAAUGCCAUCAUCAUCUGGAAUGUGGGAACAGGAGAAGCCCUCAUCAACCUGGAUGACAUGCACGUGGACAUGAUCUACAACGUGAGCUGGAAUCGCAACGGCAGCCUCAUCUGCACAGCUUCCAAAGACAAAAAAGUCCGAGUUAUCGACCCCAGGAAACAAGAAAUUGUUGCUGAGAAGGAGAAAACCCACGAGGGAGCCCGGCCCAUGCGAGCCAUUUUCCUGGCGGACGGGAACAUCUUCACCACCGGCUUCAGCCGCAUGAGCGAGCGGCAGCUGGCCCUGUGGAACCCGAAAAACAUGGAGGAGCCAAUAGCCCUUCACGAGAUGGACACCAGCAAUGGGGUCCUGCUGCCCUUCUAUGACCCAGACACCAACAUCAUUUACCUGUGUGGGAAGGGUGACAGCAGCAUCCGCUACUUCGAGAUCACGGAUGAGUCCCCGUACGUUCACUACCUCAACACCUUCAGCAGCAAAGAGCCGCAGAGGGGCAUGGGGUUCAUGCCAAAGAGGGGCCUUGAUGUCAACAAGUGUGAGAUUGCCAGGUUCUUCAAGCUCCACGAGAGGAAGUGUGAGCCCAUCAUCAUGACGGUUCCCCGCAAGUCUGACCUCUUCCAGGAUGACCUGUACCCGGACACAGCGGGCCCAGAAGCAGCUCUGGAAGCAGAGGAGUGGUUUGAGGGGAAGAACGCUGAUCCUCUCCUCAUCUCCUUGAAGCACGGGUACAUUCCAGGCAAAAACAGGGAUCUCAAGGUGGUCAAGAAGAACAUACUGGACAACAAACCUGCUGGCAACAAGAAGGGUGAUCUCAUAAACGCUCCAAAGAAAGCAGCGGAUGCCUCAAACUCUCAAAACGACGCCAAAUUGGACGAGAUUUUGAAGGAGCUGAAAUCCAUCAAGGACACGAUCUCCAGCCAGGACGAGCGCAUCUCCAAGCUGGAGCAGCAGAUGGCCAAGAUCGCGGACUGAGGGGGCCCCAGCCCAGGCACAUCCCAGCUCCCAGUUCAGCCAGCAGCAGCCUGCAGCAUUCCAGUACGAGCUUUCCUGUUCUCCUAAAUCCACGUCGAGAGAGCCGAUGAUUUCAAGCCAAGCUUUUUAGUGAAAGAUCUUUUUCGUUUCCCGAUGUUCCGAUGAAUUUCUGUGACUGUGUCAAAAAUAAGAAGUGCUACUUUUACAGGUUUUUUUUUUUGGGGGGGUUUUUUCCCAGAUGUUAUUAUGAAUCCUUGAAAAACGAAUCCAUUCUCGACUUCCAAUGUCAUGCCCAAAUAUCUUUUUCUAGAUUUAGGGACCAACGCCACAUUGUUCUUAAACCUUUUUUUUUUUUUUUAGAGUUGCCAAAAAAUAGAAAAAAAAAUUGCUUUUAUUUUUCUUAUUUGCCAUUUUGCAGUAUUUGUGUUUCCAUUCCAAGGGACAGGGGGUGUGGGGGGUGUUUACACUGUGCAGAGAACAAAGCUGAAGCUAUUUUGUAUAAAUCCUCCAUUUGGAACAAUCAGGUGGGUUCCCUUCCUUUCUCUUCCCUGUGGAAUCCCCUUGGAUAUGGGAUCAGCUGCCUUUCCUCCUCCACAAAGCGUCCCCAGCCCUGUUGGUUGACAGAAAAAUACAAAUAUAUCGUUCUGAGUGAGGGGAUUUAUUUCCUACUGAAGUUUUAAGACAGCACCAUGUUCCCAUUUUCCUACAAUCCCAAAGUUUGUUUCCAUGACCAAACUCACCCAUUUUACUUGCUCAUUUUUAUUUCCAUUUCAUGGCAGAAGUGACUUCCAUGCAGGAAUGUUUUUAUCCAUGGAGCAUGGAGUUCCAGGUGAGCUGUGGGAUGCCAGCAGUCAUUGCUGUAAAUCCUUGUUCUUGCCCCCCAACACUCCUGAGCUCAUGGAUUUUAAGGAGCUUUUGGAAUCCAUCAGCCCUUCACACCAGUGCUGAUAAUAGGAAUUUUCUGUGCUUCCAAAGCAGCAUUAGCAGCAGAAAGGUGAUUUUUCCACGAUAAUUCUCCACAAACAAAAUGCCUCUGUUGUUACCUUUUUUUAUCAUUUGUUUUCUCCUGUCCAUCAUUCCCAUUCCUGCCUCCCACCCUUCCAUGCAGGAAAGGAUUUGUUCCCAGAUCAGAUGAGCGACCUCCAACCCCAAACCCCACCUUGCACUCCCAGCCCUUCAGAGCAGAAGGCACUGGGAGGGUGGAUUUGAUCCCACUUUGGAGAACUGGUUUCUCACACAGCUCCUUUGGGAUCCUGCAGGGAGAGGCCCUGUGAGUGCUGUAGGCUGGCGAGCUCCUCCUGGCAUUCCUUGGAAGCUCAGCUCAGCAAAGCUGUG